GGCCCUAUUGUAUCCCGAGGUUCAUUUACUAACUCUAGUUUCGAUGAUCAGAGUGAUACUGCAGGUCAUAUAGAUGUACUGCUUGAUGUACUCGACGAAGCCAGCUACAAGAUAACGUCUGAUGGGACACAGAACACUAUCUCAUUUGCCUCCUCCGAUCCUUGUACUUUCUCAAAUGGUACUUUGAAAGGAUCGGUCCCAAGUUCCGUCGUUACACCCGACCAACAAGUCAGCUUUUCGCCUUUGCGGCCCGAAGAACUUGGAGACCCUGUUAAUGACAUGAGCAAGAGUAUUCUGUCUAGGCAGCCUUCUCCAGAGGAUAUUGCAAGUUCCAGUCAUAAGGACAGCUUGCAGAUUCUUCAACCUAAUUAUAUAGAUCAAUCUUCAAAGAUGUGUCUUAAUGGCAAGGAUGACUCAAAGUUAACAUGCUCAUCUGGUUCUCAGAAUGGUGUGAAAACUUCACUUUUCAACUCGAAUUCUUCUGCUGGUCGCCCCUACUCUCCUUCAUUACAUCAAUCUCCGCCUCCGCUGAAGUCAAAGCCUCAGCUUAAUACCAUCUUGGUUAAUCCAACGGUUUCUCUCCUUUCCUCUAAUCGACCUGCCAAAGAAUCAAUUGUCUGUGGGGCCCGUGGAACAGCCCCUUUGGCCAAGGUAGAAGAGGAUCGGCAUUCGAUGCCUAAAGAGUUGAAUCCACCAUUGGAUGAGAUAUCCCCGAUUCCGGCUACGAUGGCAGAAGUUUGUUCCUUCGGCAGGCAGGUUUGCUCAGAAGAAGUUCCCUUAAAGCGCGAGAAAUUAACCGAAGCCUUAGAGAACGUUGAGACAGUUGCUGGACAGAGACAUUGUUGCUCUAAUGGAGAUUUUGCCUUACCAAUAGGCAGAUUGGUACAAGGACUUUAUGAUUGCGAGGCUGAGCAGCCAGAUGAGUUGACCUUUGGUCGAGGUGAGAUGAUUCGAGUGACUCGAUGUCCUGAUCCUGAGUGGUGGGUAAGUUACUGA